UCGAUUCCUGCAAACCCCAUAGACACGCUUCCUUAUUAGCGGUGAUUUUAUAAACUAUAAUAAUCAGAACACGCACACAAGGAUGUGGGCUGGGCUGAAUCUGAUUCCCGUUAUGGGUGUCUCUUUCAUAAACUACUGAUAACAGAAAAACAUAUGAACAAGAACAAACUGCCUCACAAACUGACAGAGACUGACGCAGCUGGUUUACAGUCAGUUCCUCGCAAAGAACUUUCUUAAUGCCAUAAUUUAAAGUAUGAUUUGGCAUUUCAUUCGACAAUCCAUAAACAAAGCUUCUGUCUUUAAGGGUUUGGUAAUAUCUGACUUUGGAAGAAAUUUUGUGAUUUGGAGUUGAACUGAAACUAGAAGUUCUUUGAAGAGAUAGAAAGCGGUGGAUUGCCGGAUACUUGACGACAUAGAUCGAAACAAGAGGAAUUAUCAAAACAUCAAGGUCUGUGCUGAAGCAGCGGAGUAGACAAGCACAAUGGCGGAAAUGAAAGAAAAAAAAAUUAAAAGGGAGGAAAGACACAGGGAUACAUGGGAUCCAUUCCAACUGAACCCUGUAGGAGCUGAGAAGGAAGGCAGCAGAACAUGCUUCCGGCUGGCACAGUACUUGGUUGCUGUUUUUGUGGGGUUGGCAGUCUUGACCAGUGCUGUUAUUGCAAAGGGGUCUCUCUUGGUGUUGACGACGUUGUCCAGUCCUAAGUCCAUGCGCUCAGAAAAGGAACAGCAGUUCUACAUGUUGAUGCUGGUGUUCUGCCUGGUCUGCCCCAACUUCCUGGUGUUCCUUAAAAGCCUGUGGCGUUGUGCCUUCAAGAGCUUUGUGAGGCCCAACAUGAGGACCAUGGCAUUUAUUUGUGCCAUUGAGUGUCUGGUGUCUCUUGGUACUUCGGUCUUGGUGCUUGUCGUCAUGCCCGAGUUUGACGUGCUGACUAAUCUCUUCAUUAGUGGAGGAGUCUGUAUUACAUCUGCAAUUCUGCAGAUAAUAUUCAAACUACAGAGAGAAUCUUGGAGAAUCGUGUUUCCAAUCUGCUCCCUCCUUCUCACUAUUGCUGGUUACUGCCUCCUGGGAAUGGACUACUAUGUUCGAGUACAUUCACAUGUGGAUGGAGAGACCGCCAACUCCUUUAAGUUUGUGGCAAUUGGAAUUUGUGCUUCACUCCUCGUCUCCCUCUGCUGGUGGGAAAAUCCACUGCAAGCUACAAAUCGCGUGCAGGACACGUUGUCGGAAUUGGACGGUUUCAGGGACUUUGUGUUUAUCAUCAGCAGUAUUCUGAGGGUAAUAGUGAUAGGGGCGGUGUACCUGAUCUACCAUGCACUUAUUAAGUCUAUUACCUGGUCAGACUUUAACCUCGAGGAUAAAGAAUGGGAACUUCUGCAAACAGGACUGGUGCUGUUGUUCUUACAGGCCUUCUGCUCAGCAGCCUGCCAUUGGUUUGGGGUGGUGGCCUGUAAGAUUCAUGCUGUCAGAAUGAGUUUUGCACUACCAGUAUGUUGCACAGGACCUGCAGUGCUACUGGUGGGACUGAUACUCUUCAUAACACAGGCACAAACUCUCGGAGGUGAUAAGACGAUGAGCAUCACAGACUUCUGCGAAAACUUGAAAUACCAGACCCAUAAGAACACGACUCCUAUGGCCUUACUAGAAGUUACUAAUAGCAUCUGUCAGACUUCACUUAACAGCUACUACUUGCAAUGGCCUUUUUCAAUGCUGGCACUGGAGGGUGUUUGUAUGUGGUCCGGCUUUGUCACAUGUACCUACUACGUAUGGAAGAUAAAGGUCCAGCGUAUAGAGAGAACCUCUCAACUAUUUGUUCGUCGACUCUAUGAAUCUGUUUUCAUUGACCAGUCUCUGCUGCUAAACACCAAGAUGAAAGUAGCACGAGCAAAAAACCAAGCAAGCCACGAUGAAAUACAGGAUUGUGUGAUCUAUCUUUGUGCCACCAUGUGGCAUGAGACCUAUGAUGAGAUGCUCAAGAUUCUCACCUCCAUGUUCAGGUUGGACCGUUAUCGAGGUGAUCCGAAGGAGGAGCAUAGCGACUAUUUUAACUUCGAGUGUCACAUUUAUGUCGAUGAUGCCUUCACGGGUGAAGAUGUCCCAGAAAGGAGGCUGGUUAACAGUUAUGUUGAGGACUUGAUCCAUGUUGUCGUAGAGGUGUACAGGGUGUUUACCAACAAAGAGCCAGAUGAUGUGUCGAUCAUUGAGACUCCCUAUGGCGGCAGGUUGAUGCUUGUUAUGCCUGAAGGAAACAUGCUGUAUAUUCACCUGAAAGACAAAAGGCGCAUCAGGAACAAAAAAAGAUGGUCCCAGAUAAUGUACCUGUAUUAUCUGCUUGGCUGGAAGGGCUACAUUGUCAAGAACCCUCAGAAGAUCAGUAGCCAGAUAGACACGCGCAGAUCCAGUCUGAUCUCUGUGGAUGGUGAGAUCUUCCUGCCACAGUUUGAAAAUGACAACAAAAGAAAAUUCAUAUCAGAUGACAACACAUAUAUUCUUGCUCUGGACGGAGACACCGACUUCCAUCCCAAAGCUGUGAUUUUACUAGUAGACAGGUUGAGGAUGUAUGACAAUGUAGGUGCAGCAUGCGGUAGAAUCCAUCCUACUGGCAUGGGUCCAAUGGUGUGGUACCAGAAGUUUGAGUAUGCAGUGGGCCACUGGCUGCAGAAAACAGCAGAACAUGUCUUUGGCUCUGUGCUCUGCAGUCCGGGAUGUUUCAGUCUGUUUAGAGGGUCUGCCUUAAUGGACGACAGCGUUUUAAAAAGAUACACAACAACUUCAACAAGAGCUUCAGAAUAUGUGCAAUAUGACCAAGGGGAGGAUCGCUGGCUGUGUACUUUGUUACUGCAGCAAGGGUGGCGUGUCGAGUACAAUGCUGCAUCGGAUGCAUACACCAACUCACCACAGGAAUUCAAGGAGUUCUACAACCAGAGGAGAAGAUGGGGACCUUCUACACUGGCUAAUACGCUGGACCUUCUGCACAGUGGUGCAGAGACAGUGAAGAGAAACACGUCCAUCUCCAGGCUUUACAUUUUCUACCAGAUGUUCACUGUUGGAUCUUCUAUCCUGGGACCAGCCUCUGUGACUCUCAUGGUAGCAGGUGCUUUCCAGUUUGUCUUCAAAAUUGCUGGUACACUUUCCAUCAUCAUUGCCAGCAUUCCUCCCGUGCUUUACUUCAUCGUUUGUUUUGUGGCCAAGCCAAACAACCAAAUAACCAUUGCUGCCAUUAUGAGUGUUCUGUACGCAUUCCUCAUGACCGCAUCCUUCUUUUCCAUCAUUGGUGAUAUGGUGGUUCAGGGCACCUUCUUGACCCCGACUGGCGUCUUUUUGGUUUCUAUGGCAAUCAUGUACCUGGUGACAGCUUUACUACACCCACAGGAAUUUACGAUGCUCAUCUAUGGUCUGAUGUAUUUCAUCUGUAUCCCCAGUGGAUACCUCCUGCUGACAAUCUACUCACUGGUUAACAUGAACAUUGUGACCUGGGGCACAAGGGAAUCCAACAAGACAGAAGGAGAAGUGAAGAAACAACACAAUCUUCUCUGUGACAGAAACUGUAGAAUCUGCUGCUGGGACAUGAAGCUACAGGUAACCCAGGAAGCAACGAAUCUGCUAUAUCAACAGAUCACAGGUCAGCAUCCACAGCAAGCCAUCCCCCUUAUCAACAACAACCAGGGAAUACCUCUACAGGCAAUAUCAAAUUCGGAGCCUCAAACCCAACCCAACCACCAAACAGAAGCUGUGAACUUAAAGGAACCUAAAAAAGACUCACCUGACAAGUGGAAGGUGUCAAUAAGCAGUGACAGUGAUCAUGAUGACAAAAAGAGUUCAAUACUGAGUUCAUCAGAUGAAGAUGAGGAUGAGGAUUACUUUAAUAAUCUUGAUCUAGAGGAACAACAGGAGCAGCCUGCAUUUGACUGGGUGUAUCCAGUCAAAGAAGAGUUUCUGAAGAAGCUGACUUAUGCCAACCUGAAGAAAAAUCUAAAGGAACAAAUAUGGUACACGCUCCGUAACAAAAACGAGGAUGAUGUGUGUGAGGAGUUGGUCCUAAUGUUAACAGACACACUGAAUGGAGAGCUCAGUGCAGUGGGGCCUGAAGAUGUUCUGACAGACCUACAGGUUGAACAGUUACAACAUGAACUAACACAGCAGGCUCGGCAUAUCCUUAAGACCAAUGGAAUGAACAGAUUGGAGAAAAGAGUCAAGAGAGCCAUUGAGAAAACACUCACUGCCCCAAAAGUGCAAAAACUAGACGAGAGUGAAAAAGACUUCUGGAACAAGUUAAUUGAUCGCUACUUGGCACCUAUCAAGAACACUAAACAACAUGAGGAGGAGGUCACCAAAGAACUGAAGUCCCUGCGCAACAAGGCAGUCUUCCUGUAUUUCAUCAUCAACGUGCUGUGGGUGGUAGCUACCUUCUUCCUGCAAGCCAUUGGAAAUGAUAUCAUUAGCAUCAAGAUCCCAAAACUCCAUUCAAACGGAACUCCAUCUGGAGAGUUUCUCAAGGUGGAGCCCCUCAGUUUGAUGUUCCUGUUGUCUUUUGCUGUUCUUCUCUUUAUUCAGUUCCUGGCCAUGUUAUAUCACAGGGUGUACACUUUGAUUCAUGUUGUGUCCUAUCGUGGCUCAGAGAAAGCCUACAGAAAGAAAGAUGAUGAUGAUGAUGAUGAUUAUGAAGAUGACCACAUUCUGGAGAACGUCUACACCAAUCAACUUGCCCUUAGCAGCGAUGACGUGUCAUCAAUAUCAACUAGCUUUAACUAGAGAAACACAAACACGACCAGCUCAUAACGAAAGGCAACAAAUCAGCAAGUCUCUUACCACCUAAGGGCUGUUUCCUCCACCGAGGGCUUUCACAAUACAUUAGAUACAUUUUGAUCAUGAUCAUACUGCACAGACUGUCAGUCAGUAGACAAAACAUGUCUUAGACUUGCUCACAAGAAAUAUUAUAUUCUUCAUGGAGUUUACAGCAGACGUUUUGCCUCCCAGCUAGUCAUUUGAGUGUAAUCCAGCUGGGGAGGCACAAUGGCACAAGGGAAAUCAGUCAUAACAGAGCCAAUAAGCUUUGUUUGACAAUGUAAAAUGAAGAAUUAAUAAGACCUGAGUGUGGGUUUUAGCAAAACAUGAUCAGCGGAAAGAAUGGUUUUAAUGGGACAAAGGACUGUUUGAAUGUAUUUGCUCUUAAGCUUUGUAUUUAUUCCAUUUGAAGUGUGGUUUUAGGCAUCAGGCCCAAGGGCUGAUUAAAUGUUCUGAGCAGAAUUCAGUCUAAAGAUCGAGAUUGUUGUCAGUUGACGCAAGAGUGAAAAAAUACAACAGAUACAGAAUGAAAUGUGCAAUAAGCUGUGAAGAUUGUACUUCCCACUGUACUGCAUUGAGAGGGGUUGAAAACAAAACUAGUAAAUAGGUUUUUGUAGAAUAUACACUCAGAACAUUUACUGAAAAAUCAGUGUCAUCUUGUGAUUAUCCAUUUUGGAUCGUCUGCAUCAAAAAUCGAUCAAAUAAGUCACGAUAAUGGAUAUGUGGACAUGAGUAUAUCUGAACUCCUUGUCAAUGAAAAAUUUUAAAUAAAAAAUACUUGAAUGCGCUCCUAGGAAACUGUGUGAGUCCUUCAGAAAUAUUAAAUGCAGUAUUUGCACAUUAAAUAGUGUGAGACAUACAUUUCACAUUUUAUUGUUAAACCUCUUUUUUUAUUAUUCUGGUGUAUUUGAAUUACAAUGUAGAUAGUGCACUUGUAUUAUAAAAAAUAAUGCAUAACAUGACAGAAAUAAAGCUUGCUGUUUUCUGCAUAAAGAUUUGUAGCAUUCAAACAUAUGAGAGCUUACAUGAUCUGACUCUUAAUCAGACUCAAAUUCUUCUCCUGACCCCUUUUACAUUUUUUCUAUAUAGACAAAAAAGAAUGUUUUGUUUUUCGAUUGUACACAACAUUUGUGUUGUAUCUACUGUCAGAUGUAUAUUGCUUUGGAUAAAAAUGUCUGCUAAAUGAAAUUGUAAAAUUGUUUAACUGUACAUAUAGACAUUUCUUAUAAUGUAAUUGUAAUAUUUGUUGAGACUAUCAAAACUGUGUUCAUUCAACCCUAAAGUCAAAUCAAAGCAUUAUUUUGCUAAUUUCUAUUGAUUAAACUUACAUCAAACCAUUUUAAAUGAG